AAAAAAUAACAGGAGAUUAUGGCCUAGAACCCGAAUGGACUAAUCAUCACAUAUCACACUUCAUCCAUUGCCACGCACACAACGUUAGCAGCACUCAAGAUGUCCUCCUCAAUAUGUACACAUUUCUCCCAGAAUGCCUGGAAGAAAGAUCUAUGCUCGAAUUGUUUCAAAUCCAAAGAUGAACACAAACAGGCAGCAGCUGCUUUGGCUGCAUCACGCUCCAAGUAUACAUCAAUCUCUACGAGCUUAAGUGCCAGUUUAAGUUCCAAAUCCACAGCCAGCAGUCAUAGCAAUGAUACAAAAUCAGAUUAUCCCAAUAAAAAUAAGAAGCCAGCAAAAAGUAUAAUCAAAAGAGUGGCGACAUCGGCAACGACAUUGUCCUCAACGACAUCGUCAUCGAAGACUUCGAGCAAACAUAAAUCCCACAAAGUCAGUUUUCCCAAAAAUCUCUCCGAGGUUAUAGGCUAUGGUGGGGAAUGGUCUGAUGAUUCAGAUGAUGAUCAUGAUUUCAUGAAUUUGGCCAAUGAUAAGGAUGAUGACAAGGCCUUGGGCACAGAUGAUGAGGAAUCGCUGGAGUUGAAGCGCAUCACUCGAGCCAAUACCGAUUUCAAUAUGAACAAUGGCAACUUGUUGGGUGAUCCCCAGGAGAACAUAAAGAAGACAUUUGCCGCUCUUAAGCUGGGAGCUCCCCAGGUGGACAAGGAGGGCAAGAAACAGACCUUGCAAAUCAAUGUUUUGCCAUUUGGGGCAGGCAGUGAUGCCAAGGAGACUACACAGAGUAGCAAAACCCAGAUAGCAACAACUUCUAGUUCAAAUACAAGCAAGAGCUCUGUCAAAGCCAAGUUUGAAAGUAAAACCGAGACAAAAAGUGUGGUAAGAAAAACAACCACUACAGCCAUAAGCAGCACCAGCACUACAACUUCGGCAAGCAGCUCUUCAAAGUUGAUCACUGACCCUAUGCCUUCGCUGGAAAGUGAUGGCAAAAACAGUCCCCCCAUAGAAAGAGCCAUGGAGAAAUCUUUGUUGGAUGAAAUUUCCGAGACUCUGGAAAAGAAUCAAACAGCAGAAAAAUUGGCCACCGAACAGAAAUCUAGUGGUGGAAACUCCGGGAAUACCACUACAACAUCUUCCUCCACCUCCGCCUCCUCAACAGGGGCAAGCAACAAAAUCAAAUUCGAAAUUGGCAGUUUGGCCGAAUCGCUGGAGAACAAAACCUUUCUCGACCUUAAGAAGCCAAUCGUGCGUCACACGCCUAUCACAAAGGAUCAAAUCAAACCCAAAGUGAAUGUCUUCAAUAAGUACUGUGACUCGGACAGUAACUGCUCCGACACAGAGAAUGGAGUCUCAGCCUAUUAUGAUGUGGUGGAGACUUCCACAACCUAUGAAAAUUUACCCGAUGGAAAAUAUGAAGCCAAGGAGGUGAAAAAAUCUUCGGUAACCAGCUCCUCAAAGGUGGUAGACCAAACUGAUACAUCCUCCAGUAUCUUCUCCACUUCCCAGUAUAUCACCGAUAUGCUAUUGUCCUCCAAGACUAGGGCUGCCUCCUACAAUCUGCAUGAGGGCAAUUUUAUGACCAGUAAAAUAACCUCAGAUGGCCUUAUUGUGACCAAAUGCAGCUCCGACGAUGCCUUGGACUCUACGGGCAGCAGCUUUGAUGGCAGCAGUGAUGAGGAGACCUCCUACAACAUGAUACGCAGUGAAUCCGAUUCUGGCAUAGGCAUAAGCAUAGGCCAUGACUACAAGAAUAUACAUGUCUCAGAAAAAGAAAGGGAUCGUCUGAGAAUAGAAAAGAAACUGAGUGCCAGUACCAAUAACUCUGACUAUGAGGAUAUACAAGUCAAUGACCAAAGGCCUUCGUUGCCUUUGAAGGAAGCCAAAAAGGCUGAUAAGCCCUCCUUCAGCUUGGAAAAGUCCCGUGAGUUGCAUGGAGAACCUGAUGGCAGUGCCGAUCCCGAUGGCAGUUUGGAGAAUCAAGAUAAUCAGGAAUUACCUGCCUUGCCCAAGUCACCGCCGCCUUCGACAAAAGUCAUAGAUGCACGUCCUUCGUUUUUGCAUGGCCUGCAGAAGCAACAUCCUCCCAUACUCCUCAAGAAACCAGAUUUGCCGGUCAAACCGUUGGUUUCACCUUCCUCCAGUCCCAUGAAAUCAUUUUUGAAUAAGAGAAGCCCAGCUGGUGCGGCAGCUACUGCCGAUCAACAGCAGGUUAUAUCGCAGCUGCAAAUGAUUAUGUCCAAGACUUUGGAUACCCAAACCGAUUGCGAUGCCGUAAAGGACGAGUCAAAGCUGAAGAAAGGCAAGGCUCCAAAUCCUCCUCCCUCGGCUUCUGGUGGAAUAGAACAGAAAUCCAGUGCACCUCCUACACCUGAGCGAGACUAUAGCCUAGAGGAAGAAUUCUCCCAGGAGCAGCGAAAAGAAACCUAUGCUCAGCCCCUUAAAAAACAGGAGGAGACUCCCAAACCUUCACCACCCUCUCCACAGGAAAGUAAGGCAGCCUCAAACUCAGCAACGGAAUCGGGCAAUGCUUCUCCCGCCGCUUCCAUGUAUACGCGCAAAAUAGGCGCCAUGACCAGUGCCGGCACAGUGGGCAAAAAUUCUGCUGCUGCAGCUGCCAUUCGAGAGAAAGAUAAACGCGAUAGAGCUGUCAUAAAUCCCAAAUUCCGCAGCCUUAACACCUUUGCCACACAACGCAGUAAUGCCAUUAAAAAUCUACAACUGCAGAAUGCCACCUCCUCAAUUAGUUUCAAUCAGUCCAUGACACCUGAGGCCAAGCCACGCAAUCCCAAAAGUCUUUCGGCUUCUGAGGAAAAUCUCAAUGCUGAGGCUGCUGCCUCCAAAAUGGUAACCCCUUCCAUGUCCAUAACCAAUAUAGCAGCAGCCUCGCAGUCAAGCGAUAAAAAAUCCUCCACCUCUUCUUCGCCCUCUGCCAAAACGAAAACCAAAUUCUCCAUUAAGAAAUUCCUACGCAUGGGCGCCAGCAAGACAACGGAGAAUUUAAGCAAACCCAGCAAGGAGAGCAUUUAUUCGGAAAUUUGCACUGGCGAAGAUAUGGGUGUCUCCGGCAAGCCCCGCUUAGUCAUUAUUCAUCCCAUAGACAUCAAUACCACUGCUGUUGAGGUGGUCAAGGAUAUAACCAAGACCAAUGAUGCGGUGGCAACCCAGACAGUGGCUGUGGUCACGGCCAAGCCGCCAGCACCACCGUUACGCUCCCUGGACACGCAACGUAAUCAUGAAAUGAAUAAACCGGCACGUCCACCACCGCCAAAAAGUGCUGAAUUACGCAGGAAGCAACAGAUUGCAUUGACCACAAGUUCGGCCUCAUCAUCUACAGCGACAGCAACGGCAGCAACUUCAGCCGGCACCACAGGAGGCAGCAGUGUAACUUCCUCGCCCAAAACUUCAACGUCAUCAUCAUCGUCUUCAGCAGCCGGUAACAACAUCCGCAUAAUCGGGGAGCAACAAAGCGGCUCGAUAAAAAGCAAAUCGGACAAUGUUUAUGCCAAUUUAGGUGAAAUCCGUUCAUCGAUAGCACCUCGUAAACCGGAACGUACGGCCAGUAUGCGUGAGCGUGAGGCACAAUUGGAAUUGGCACGCAAACGUCAUAUUGGAGGGGGAGCCCAACACCAGGGCAACAGUAAUGGCAAGGAAAACGUUGAUACUAUCUCGAUUUGCUCGUCAAAUGGGGACAUGGUAUCUGCGGACCAACAACAACAGCAUUCCACAAAUCCCAAUGGUUCUAACACGACAACAACAUCAACAUCAACAAGCACAACUACUAAUGCAUCUAAAAAUCUUGGUAACAUCAUUAAAACUGCUCUAGCUGGCCAACUAAGUGGCUCUGGUGGUGGCGGUAGUCGCCUUGAAGGCAAACCACCAACUGGCAGUCGCACCAGCACCUUUGAACGCAAAAAGAAUGAGGCCAAACCAACCAUUUCGAAUAAAUUGGAAAUAUUUGAAAAUGGAGGAAAUGGAGGCCAGAACAACUCCGACACAUGCUCCAUUGCCAGUGAUGGUCGCACCAAUAGCCUUAAGGACAGUGUGCGCAAGAUCAAUAGCACCAUUGAUAAUUAUCUCAAGGACAAAAGGGACUAUGAGAACAUGUAUGAAUUGGUGAAGAGUCCAGCCUCACCUCCACCACCCCCUGCAAGGUCAGCGGAUUUGCAAGCCACCCAAAGACUAAUGCAGGCCAGGCGAAGGGAAUUGGAUACCAUAUCGGUGGCCAGUUAUACGAGAAGUGAAUAUGGACCUGUUAGGAAUUUUGGACUCAAUACUAGUUUGGCAAACAUUCCUCGCAUGAUUUCGGCCUCUUACUGUGGCAGUGAAAUGGGUGAUUUGGACAUUUAUUCUCCCUACAGUUAUUAUGGCAGCGAAGCUGGUGGUGAUCUUACCAGCGACAUUAAUGACAGUGUUUGGGGUUCACCUUCGGGCAUGAAGAAUCGUGUCAAGGCUACAAAUCGUUUGCGCAUGCGCAAAGGCCGCAGUGUUGUCCAUAAAACCAUUGAGGAUAAUUAUUCUGCUGUGGUAGGCGCCAAUCAUGAGGCAUUGGCUCAAGUUCUAGAACAGCUUCAACAAACCCCCAUCAUACCACCAGCUCUAAGGCCCCUCGCCAAUGCCAUCAAUUUACGUUUCGAAGAUUUCACCAUACUCGAAGGUGCUCAGGCAUUUGUAGUGGGCAAAAAAGCAUUCCAUGCUGCCCUCUGGACAACAGCACCAGUUACCUUAGCAUUAUCGGCUGAUUGCAAUCAAUUGGCAGGCAUUGGAGGAGAACUCAGCCAGCUGUCGGGUGGCGUUUCGGGUGCUCUCAAUCCCAUAACCGAAUUUUGUGAUAUAGUGCCCAGUUUUAAUUUGCCAUUGAUGCCCACAACUGAGGUGACAUUGCUACAAGCUACCAUCUCGGUAUUGCCACGUUUACAAUUGGAUACAUUGCAAUCGAUUGGGGCUAUACUUAAGGGCAAAUCACAUGUCUUGGAUAAGAGCAAUUUCAAUUUCCGUGGUUCCAUACCCAAUUUGACCAUAUUGAAAGAUACCUCUUCGAUGGCUGGUUUGGGAAGUGUAAGCGCUGGUCUGCGCAAUGGUUUGUCAGUGCAAAAUCUUACCACCUUAAGUGAGGAAACUGCAGGAACAGGAGAUAUGAGUCUGAAGCUGGCUGAACAACAAGAUCAACAACAACAACAGGUUACUUCUGCAGUCACUACCAAUGGCAUACCAGCCUUUGAUGAUGUCAUGACUCGAGAGGUGGCCUUCAUAAUGCUGCAACUCAUCAAUGGCAUGAAACAUUUACAAGUCAAGGCUGUGGAGGAAAUGCCUCUCAGCUUAUCGAAUGUGGUGCUAUCCAAGGAAUAUGACAACAAGGAUGCUCAGGCGCGUCUGUGUGUAUUGCAGGGCAAUCACCAUGACGAGGACGAGCCCAUGGGGACGCUUUGCAAAUGCGCUCACAUAGCCCUGACCGAAAUGUUGCCCUCAACCAAAAUGACACCCAUUUUGGCAGACAUCCUACAACAGGAUCGCUCUGAAUCGUUGUCAAAAUCGAAAUCUGUUUUGGAAUUCAUUCUCUGGGGACCAUCAGAUGUUCAAUUGACGGGCUCCACCAAGGAACGUGAGACGGCAUUACAACGUUGGUUGGACCUGGAGCGAGCUACCGUACUGCAUGGCCUAGUGCGCACGCGUGUUGAGUUGACCGUCUACGACGAAUGCCAUUUGAUGUUUUUGGUACGCUCCACAGCGAAAAUAAUGAAUGAUGCGGCUAAAAUCAUAGCCAAUUAUCAGGAGCAUCAGCAGCAGCAGCAAAUGAAAAAUAAUCAACUAACCAAGGAUUAAGAAUCCAUGAUAAUUAGUUUUAUUUUUAGUUUAAUACACAUCGAAUAUAGAAUUUUUUUUGAAAAGAAAAAAGAAAAAUUUUAACUCCCUACCAUGUUACUACACGACUCACAGAGUUACAAUCAAAAAAAAUUGAUUAGCUUACUUACCUUACUUCAGCCCUCUGUGUCUCUCUCUUCCCACACCCGGGAGGAAGUAAGCGUGUGCCAAAUUUUCAUCAAUAACGAAAUCUUGCUCAACUUUUAAAGAAAAUUUUUAUUUUCAAACUUCUUGAAGGAAAAUAAUUUAAAAAAUUUUUUGUUAUACAUAUUUGCGUUUCAAUUUAUGUAGUUUUUUUGUUACAAUUUAAGUAAAAAAAAGUGAAAAUGAAAAAAAAAAUCUUCAAAAAAUGCAGAGUAUAAAAAUUUAAUUUCUUUGAAUUUUCAUUGACUCUCUUAUAAAUGAUAAAUAAUAAUAAUUAUUAUUUUUUUAUACUUAAAACGUAUGCUCUUAUUAUUAUUAUUAUGAUUUCAUUGUGUAUAUUUAUGAAUAUUAAUGUUAAUUUUUUCUUUUCAUUGCAAAUGAUGUCUAAUUUUUAUUUUUUUUUAAUUCGUAUUAUACAAAGAGAUGAUUAUUUAAACUUCUACGUGUUUCUUAUUAUUUUUUUUAUUAUUGGUGUUUGCGAACAAAUUUAUGAAAUAUCAAAUAUCCAUAUCGAAUCGAAUUAUUCAAAUACAAGCAUACAUACACAUAUACAUACAUAUGCAUAUAUGCCAGCUGCAUACAAAAAAUAAUUAUACAUAUAUAUAUUUUGUAAUAAAAAAAACAAAUAUUUAUAUCAUUACAUAUUUAAUUAA